AUGAAGAGGCGAUCUACUGGAUGAAGAGGAGGAGCCGCAUACACGUAUACACAAACACACAGAGACAAACGAGCAGCCACAUUUAUUAACUUAUCAAAGAUGAGAAGCUUCAUUCAGCACAACAUGCACACAUCAAGGUGCUAGAUGGUGGUUGCGAAGGCAGUACGUAAUGCUGAAGGGGCUCGUCCUGAGUCAGAAUGAGUGUCAAAGAUGGCGAUGGGACGACUAGCCAAGAUGGAAAGGCCUACGAACUUCAGAUAUACCCCCGACUGACUCUGGAGACGGCAUCGUGCUGUACUCUCAGAGUCACUAAAGAGGCCACUGCAGCUAGCGUCAUCCAGGAUGUGGCGGCGGCCCUCGGACUGGACUCCAGCAAGUGCUAUGUCCUGGCCGAGGUGAAGGAAUGUGGCGGGGAGGAGUGGGUGCUGGAAUCGACCGACCUUCCAGUACACAGGGUCCUUCUUUGGCCGAGGAAAGCCCAGGAACAGCAUUCUCGAAACGAGGGGUUUUACUUUCUCUUGCAGGAGCGCAACUGCGAUGGUUCCAUCCGCUAUGUGCACCUGCCCGCAGUGGCAAAUGAGCAGGAGUCCAAGCGACUGGUUGCUCGGGGUUUCCUCCCACCGCAGCAGGAGGACUUUGAGGACCUCUGCAACCUUCCGGUCCUCAGUGAGGACAGCAUCUUGGAUAACCUUCGAAAUCGCUUUCAGAAGAAGAAGAUCUACACGUAUGCUGGCAGCAUUCUCGUUGCCAUCAACCCCUUUAAGUUCUUGCCCAUUUACAACCCCAAAUAUGUCAAAAUGUAUGAGAACCACCAGUUGGGCCAGCUGGAACCCCAUAUUUUCGCCAUUGCCGAUGUGGCCUACUAUGCCAUGUUGCGCAAGCACAUCAACCAGUGUAUCGUUAUCUCAGGAGAGAGUGGAUCGGGCAAAACGCAAAGCACUAACUUUCUCAUUCACUGCUUGACGGCCCUCAGUCAGAAGGGCUAUGCAAGCGGCGUGGAACGAACCAUCUUGGGUGCAGGACCUGUGCUGGAGGCAUUUGGAAAUGCCAAGACCGCCCACAACAACAACUCCAGCCGAUUUGGAAAGUUCAUCCAGGUCAAUUACCUAGACAGCGGAGUGGUGCGAGGGGCUGUGGUUGAAAAAUAUCUGCUGGAGAAAUCCCGCUUGGUGUCCAGAGAGAAGAACGAGAGGAACUACCACGUGUUUUACUAUCUGCUGGUGGGCGCGUCGGAGGACGAGCGGCGAGAAUUCAAGCUCCUGCAGCCCGAAGAAUACUUCUACCUCAAACAGCAAAACUUUACGAUAGAAGAUGCGGAUGACCUUCGACACGACUUCGAGCGACUGCAGCAGGCGAUGGAGAUGGUCGGCUUGCCGGCCACCAAAAGACAGAUAUUCUCCAUCCUGUCGGCCAUCUUGUACCUGGGUAACGUGACGUACAGUCAGAAGUCGUCCGGCAGAGAGGAAGGGCUGGAGGUCGGGCCUCCGGAGGUGCUUUCAACGCUCUCAGACCUGCUGAAGGUCAAGGAGGAGCUGCUGGUGGAGGCUCUUACCAAGAGGAAAACAGUGACUGUAAACGACAAGCUGAUUCUGCCCUACAGCCACAGCGAGGCGAUCACCGCGCGGGACUCCAUGGCCAAGUCGUUGUACAGCGCCCUGUUCGACUGGAUCGUCCUUCGGAUCAAUCACGCGCUGCUCAAAAAAGACAUGGAGGAGUCCGUUUCGUGUUUGUCUAUUGGUGUGCUUGACAUCUUCGGCUUCGAAGACUUUGAGACCAACAGCUUUGAACAAUUCUGCAUCAACUACGCCAACGAGCAGCUUCAGUAUUACUUCAACCAGCACAUUUUUAAACUUGAACAGGAGGAGUAUCAGUCCGAGGGCAUCACCUGGCACAACAUCGACUACACCGAUAACAUCGGAUGUCUUCACCUCAUCAGCAAGAAGCCCACUGGACUCCUUUAUUUACUUGACGAGGAGAGCAACUUUCCUCACGCCACUGAUAAAACCUUGCUGGCCAAGUUCAAACAGCAGCACAAACAGAACCAUUACUUUGUGGCGACUCCAGUGAUGGAACCUGCUUUCGUCAUCCUCCAUUUUGCUGGGAAGGUCAAAUACCAGAUUAAGGAUUUCCGUGAGAAGAACACGGAUCACAUGCGUCCGGAUAUCGUGGCUCUCUUGCGGAGCAGUGACCGAGCUUAUGUCCGGCAGUUGAUCGGGAUGGAUCCGCUGGCGAUGUUCCGAUGGGGGAUCCUCCGUGCCACCGUCCGCGCAUUGGCCGCCUUCAACGAGGCCGGUCGCCGCUGGGCAGCCAAGACUGCGGGUGUGGUCAGACCAAACUCCAGAGUUCCUCUAGGAGAGCUGCAGAGAUCCAACGUGCCCAUUGAGAGGAUGUACCGCCAUGCUCCUAUGCUUGAUUUCUCCUUUGAUCAUUCAGAGGAGCGCCCUCUAGAGGCUUUUGAGGACAUCUUUGCUAGUUAUGAGAGUAAGAAGAAAAACAAGAACUCCAAGACCAAGCAACUCAUUCCCAAGAACCUUUUGGACUCUCGUUCGCUGAAGUUCAUAGUGGGCCUCCAUGACCGCACCACCAAGUCUUUGCUUCAUCUGCACAAGAAGAAACGUCCUCCCAGCAUCAGUGCCCAGUUUCAAACAUCUCUUAGUAAGCUCCUGGAAACACUGGGGAAGGCGGAACCAUUCUUCAUCCGAUGCCUCCGCUCCAAUGCUGAGAAGAGGGAAAUGUGUUUUGACGAGGCACUCAUUGUGCAGCAACUGCGGUACACAGGCAUGUUGGAAACGGUGCGCAUCAGACGAUCAGGUUAUGGAGCCAAAUACACCUUUCAGGAGUUUACUGAGCAGUUUCGUGUGUUGCUGCCAAAGAACGCUACGUCCCUGGAGGACAUAUCAUCUCUGUUGCACAAGCUUGGCUUUGACCACACUACCUACCAGAUUGGAAAAACCAAGGUGUAUCUCAAAGAGCUUGAAAGGCAAAAGCUUCAGGACAUCCUGCACAAGGAUGUCAUGCACAAAAUUAUAUUCUUGCAGCGCUGGUUUAGAGCCAAAAUGGAGAGGAUGGACUUUAUUAGAAUGAGAGAGGCAGCCAUCGUGAUCCAGCGCUCAUGGCGUAUGUUCCGCAAAGAGAAGUUCUACCAAGCUGCGGUUCUGAUCCAGAGAGCAUGGCGUGGUUCCAAACAAAGAGCUGAAUAUCAAAAAACACGUGCCUCCAUCACAAAGAUACAGGCACUUGCAAGAGGGCAAUCAGCUCGCAAACGGUACUACUUCCUAAAGGAAGAGAAGAGGAAGAGAGAGGAAGAGGAAGCUCGGAGAAGAAAAGAGGAGGAGGAAGCAGCUCGGCGAGCCAAGGAAGCCGAAGAGGCCGCUAGGCGAGCUAAAGAAGUUGAGGAGGCAGCCAGGAGACUCAAAGAGGAAGAAGAGGCAGCCAGGAAAGCCAGAGAGGAAGAGGAAGCAGCUAGAAGACAGAAAGAGCACGAGGAAAGGGAAGCUCGGCUUGCUUUGGAGGCUGAGCAGCAGGAGAAGACGCCACUACAACAACCAACAGUACCAACACCAGGCAAGCAGCCUGGAGAUGAGAAGACACUAGUCCUUGAGCACAGUAAGGCUCCUGUGGAUGUUGAGGUUGAAGGUCAGGGCAGGGCCCAUGUUGAUGAAGUUUCUGCCCCAAAAGAGCAAAAUAAUUCUGAGAAGAUUCCUCAAGUGGAGGCUGGUCCUCACCUUGAGGUCAAGGAGCAACAGAAACAAACUGAGAAAGAAUCAUCCACACUUCCCAGAGAAGAAGGUACACAAAGUAAACCCAUGUCUCCUGAAACCCCGACUGGACAGAGCCAAAACAGAGCUCCUCCACUUUCCAAACUACCAGUAUCCAGAAGUCAGGAAAAACGGGAGCUGAGGAGACAACGUGGCCUAGAGCACAACCAGAGAGAAAGUGAGCGGGCGGCUUCAGCCGGAAAAGAUGAUAUUCCUUUCAAGAGCAAAACUCCAGAGAGUCCAGGAAAAGCAGAGGGCAAGUUGAAAGAGCGGUCCGACAGCAAAGAGUUGGAUCAGUAUACCUUUGUGGCUUGGAAAGGUGACAAGGGCAAAAAGGAUGUUAAAGAUGUCCCAUCCGAACUUGUUCGACCCUCCACCUUACCAUUAGAUAUCCCUACUUCCGGGCCUAGAAGAAAUGGCUUCAGUGACCCGGCCAUCGCUACUCAACCUGCUCUUGCCAAAGAAGAGACCAACAGGAGAAAGGAACCAUCGAGAAGCAACACUCAGCCAGAAAACCUUGUGGCAGGACCCCGAAGUCUGGAGGACAGGAACAUCAAAACUCUCCAGAAUCGUGGGAUCUCUAUGUCACUAGAUGAUGUAUCCAAAAUAGGUUCAGGUGGCUCAUCACAGGGAAAUGCUCGUCCAAGACGUAAGCCGCGGCUCGCCCUUGCACGUAUAUGUUUGCCCAUUAAAAGUGUUGAAAUGGAGGAUGCAGAGUACUGGACUUUUCCAUUGCCCCCCAUGAGUCCAUUUGAGACACAGUCCAGGACUGAUACUGGUCCUGAUAGAACAAAGGCCAACACAAUGAAGGAAAAAGUUCAUGACAGCCACAGCCUGCAAGAUGUAUCGCCUCUCCAGCCGUCGACCCCAGAGAGGACAACAGGGUUUUUCAGAAAGAUCCUGAAGAAGCGUCCACAUAAAGAAGCUCAGACCCCAGAAGAUGGAGACCUGAGCCUGGCUUCCUUUUUGGAUCAAAGAGAAGCCACUUCACCAUCACGCUCGCACAAUACAAAGGCUCAUGCAGGCCGACUGGGACGGACGCCCAGCAUCAUGAUCAGUCACUCGUCGACUCGGGCCUCUGAGCAGUGGAACGCCUCGCUGAACCGCGUGAUCACCAACACGAAUGAGCUACGCCACCUCGAUGAGUUUCUGGGCAAUCAGGUGAAUGACCUGCGCUCACGGGGAAAGCAGCUUUCAGGAACGGAGCACAUAUUCAUUACUGCCACUGUGCAGUUUAGAGAAAACAUCAAGGGGAUGUACUCGAUCUCUAAACCACAAAUUGGGUAUAAGGCUUUGAUGAAUUCCUACCAGAAUAAAGUGAUCAGUCUGGCUGGAGAUAAACAGAAGGGUGAGGUACCGCUAGUGGUCAAUCUCUUCCAGUCAGUUCUGGAUGGCUUCAUCAGAGCGGAGAUCAAAAAGGAAGAGGCCGAACCAGCCAAGCCCCCCAAAAGUCGUAAGAUGAGAAGGAAGAAGGCUAAAAGUUUGGAGAAUCCAUUAGACCACGUAUUUACAAACUACCAAGUCAACAUCAUGCAGUCUUGUGAUCAGUGCACCUCCUACAUCUGGGGCAUGGAGAAGGCUUACAUGUGCAGUUAUUGUAAAAUGGUUUGCCAUAAGAAGUGCAUUAGUAAAAUAGUCAUAGACUGCUCUACAUUCUGCUCCAAGAAGUGUGAUGAUGAGCCUGGAUCGCAGCACUUUGGUGUGCGUGUGUGCCACCUGGUCAAUAACAAGACCCCUGUGCCAAUUGUGCUGGAGAUAAUGCUGGAACACGUGGAAAUGAACGGUCUGUACACAGAGGGCAUUUACAGGAAGUCUGGCUCAGCCAAUCGCAUGAAGGAGCUACACCAGCUGUUGGAAGCAGGCCCAGAGAAUGUUUGUUUGGAGGAUUACCCCAUCCAUGCUGUCACUGGCCUGGUCAAACAGUGGCUAAGGGAGUUGCCCGAACCUCUCAUGACCUUCACGCACUACAAUGACUUCCUCCGUGCCAUAGAACUGCCUGAGAAGCUAGAGCAACUCCAAGCCAUUUACAAAGUUUUGGAACAGCUUCCAACAGCAAACUUCAACACCUUGGAGAGACUCAUUUUUCACCUUGUCAGGGUUGCGAAGGAGGAGAAGAGCAAUCGGAUGACGCCAAACUCUCUGGCCAUCGUUUUUGCCCCCUGCAUUCUCCGCUGUCCGGACAGCGCCGACCCGCUCAUGAGCAUGAAGGACGUCGCCAAAACCACCACUUGUGUGGAGAUGCUACUUAACGAACAGAUCCGGAGAUACAAUGAGAAAUUGGAGGAGAUUGAGCAGCUGGAAUACGCUGAGGCACUGGCUGUCAAUCAGCUCAAGCUAAAAAGAAAAAACACGUGCUGUCAUUUACCUCUCAGAUAUAUCACUCCUUACAAAGAAGUGGCGGUUCGGGAGAAGCCAGCUUCUGACCUUUGUGUUGUACCUGAGAAUGAGGCCCUGGAUCCAGACAAUGAAGCUGAGCGAAGCCUGGUGGAACGGAUCAAGUCCAUCAAGCAAGAAAAAGAGGACCUCGCCUGCAGACUACCUGAACUUGAUCAGCCCGGUUCUGACCAGGAGAACUUUGACUCGGAGGCAUCAGUCAGCUCUGAGAGCCUGCUGGACGAGCGAGCAGUCUGUUCGGAUACGGAAGGACAACCAAUGGUAGUGCCAAGAUUGUCCAAACCAGCUUGCCUUCCUAAGUCUGUCAUCCUGGCCCAGGGAGGCAGCACACGGGCUGACGUCCCCUCUCUUCCUUCACUGUCUUCUCCCAGGCUUCAGCUCCAGCGUCGCUACCCUAUCAUCCCCGGAACGGUCAAACUUCCCCCAGGAGUCCUGUGCCACCCAGCUGUACAGUCCCUCCCUCCCCGAAAAGCCCAGUCGCUCACCCUCAUCCAGCGGCGCGAGCAACCCGGCCGCCGCAAAGACAGCAUCCAGUCCCUGUACAUCGCAGCAGGAACUGAGCUCCUCUUCCAGUCCCCAACCGCGGCCUCAGACACCUCCAGCACACAGGAGCUCCAGGCCUCCUCCCGACGUUUCUCGGACCCGGACAUUGCUUUCGUAAAUGACACAGUUUGAGUUGCAAAGCCUAGAACAUUUGAUUGGUUGUCGUCAUUGACGGUGACUGCUUGCCACGGUCAUAGUGACUGAUAAAGAGAAUUGUCUCACCCUAGCACUUUUCCAUACUAAUAAUAUAUUGGAUUUUAAAUGAGACUUUUUUUUAAGACUCAGAUUUGUGCUGCAUACAGAUGUUGACAUGUCAAUGUUUGUUGCUUGAUUUUUUUUUUUUUUUUAAACUUUUUUAGCAUCAAGAAAAAAACAGUCCUGCAUCUUUUUGUGUCCUUAAUGAACAGGAAAAAUUCAUUAAACCAUGAGGAAUAUCUCCUUGAUGUUUGGAUCAUCUUAAAAGACUUUUAAGCUGUAGAUACUCCUUCUGCACAAACACUCAAUGCACAAGUUUUGAUUAGAGGAGGAAGGAUACAGCACUAGCCACUUUCCUCUUGGACCAGAAUGCCAUAACCGAAUGCAAUUUUCCAGAAUAACUCAGAACUCUUCUUUUUUUUUUUUUUUUUCUUUUCAUUUUGAUGAGCGAUAUGACACUUUGGAUCUGUGUGGAUGUCUAUUCAGAAUAGCUUUGUGUAGGACUAAAUACAGUUAGUGGCCAAGCCAUUGUGUUUAAUACUAAAGUCAAGCGUUACGUCCGCUGUUGAAUGUUGUCAUGAUUGAAAAGUAUGGAGCGAAUGCCGGCUGGAUGUCUAUGAUUGUCUUGCAUCAUGUGGACUGUCAUGUGCCUACUAGUAUGGCUGUUUUUGAGUCUUCAGUGAUGUUUUUCCACAUUUAAUGGAGAAAUGAAACUAAUUAUUUUCUUACAAUACAAUUUGUACUGGCCGCAAA